CCCGUUAACACCACCGGCCGCCUCGUCCUCUCGCCAUGGCCGCACCAUCCGCGAGCUCCCGUGCCUCCGCGAUCUAGCGCGGCGCGGUGGCUCUCGCACCCCCGGCGUCGACGGAGCGCGGAGGAAGGCGGGCCUCCGUACAGAGGCAGUCGAGGGGCACGGGAUUUAGGGGAGAGGGGUUGGGGGGAUGGGGAGGAAGCCUGAUCCGUCGAAGCCACACUACGGUGGCGGCGCCUCGCCGAGGGCAGCGAGGAGGACGCAGCCGUCGCCGGUUUUCCUGGGAACGGCGCUGUUCGUCCUAGGGUUUGUGUCCCUCUUCACGGGACACAUCGUUACGGACGCCGACUGGUCCCGGAUCCGGAGCCGGUGGCGAUCCAAGCAGGUUAGAAAUAACGAGCCCAUAAAUAUUUGGAAAUCGAGGUAUUCCAACUUGUACUAUGGAUGCAGCAGGAGGAGCGUAAAUUUCAGAUCUGCUGUGCCGGAGAACAGUUCUACUGGUUACUUGCUGAUUGGUACUAGCGGGGGACUAAAUCAGCAGCGCAUAGGGAUAACAGAUGCUGUUGUUGUCGCCCGAAUAUUGAAUGCCACACUUGUUGUACCUGAGUUAGAUCACCACUCAUUCUGGAAGGAUGAUAGCGACUUCUCUGACAUUUUUGACGUGGACUGGUUCAUCUCUUACCUAUCAAAGGAUGUAACUAUUGUCAAAAGAAUCCCUUAUGAGGUGAUGAUGUCAAUGGAUAAACUCCCAUGGACCAUGCGUGCGCCUAGGAAAUCCAUGCCUGAUUUUUACAUUGAUGAAGUUUUGCCUAUCCUUAUGCGAAGGCGAGCUUUGCAGCUAACAAAGUUUGAUUAUCGGCUCACUAACGAGCUUGAUGAAGAAUUGCAGAAGUUACGCUGCCGAGUAAAUUUCCAUGCAUUAAGAUUUACAAAUUCCAUACAAACUCUAGGUGAGAAAUUGGUGCGCAAGCUGAGGAGCAUGAGCUCACGAUACGUUGCCGUUCACUUGAGGUUUGAGCCUGACAUGCUUGCAUUUUCUGGUUGUUACUAUGGUGGUGGUGAUAAAGAACGGAGGGAGUUAGGUGAAAUUAGGAAAAGAUGGGAUACACUACCUCAGGAGUUGAGCGCUGAGGAUGAGCGCAGUAGGGGCAAAUGUCCACUGACUCCUCAAGAAAUUGGUUUGAUGCUCCGAGCUCUUGGUUUUAGCAAUGACACGUACCUGUAUGUUGCUUCUGGAGAAAUAUAUGGGGGAGAAGAAACUCUCCAGCCUCUGAGGGAUCUCUUUCCAAACUACUACACCAAAGAAAUGCUUGCUGGGAAUGAUUUGAAACCGUUCCUUCCGUUCUCUUCAAGAUUGGCUGCAAUUGAUUUCAUCGUAUGUGACGGGAGUGAUGUUUUUGUUACAAACAAUAAUGGAAACAUGGCCAAGGUUUUAGCUGGACGAAGGCGAUACAUGGGCCACAAGAGAACCAUUCGCCCAAAUGCUAAAAAACUCAACUUACUAUUUAAGAGACGGAAACAGAUGGGAUGGGAUAUAUUUUCACAGAAGGUAAAGAAAGUGCAGAGGGGACUAAUGGGAGAACCGGAUGAUAUCAGACCAGGAAGAGAUGAUUUCAAUGAAUUUCCAUCAUCUUGCAUCUGCCAAAGAAUACCAGUCAAUAGAUCAGUCACAGCGCGAGCUGAAAACUUGUGAGCUCUAGUGUAGUGAGGCAGACAACUUGAGAACGGAGAAUGCUGGGUGAUUGAGCACGUCCCUUGCUGCACUGGGGAAAAUACAUGUUUGUUAAGCAAAGAAAACAGGGAUGUAAACCCAAUCAGACAGAAGCAGACGUGGUGGAUAAAUACUCUUACCGGCUUUAACUCAUGGCACUCUGGUAGUCUGGUGGUUCAGACCCAGCAGAACUGGUUAGUGUGCAGCGAUGACAGACAAACUGCUGAUUUGCAGCUUCAGUUUGGUUCCACUAAUUGUUAAAACUGUGGUAAAGAAUCUGCCACGAUAAUUGUAGUCAUUAGCUCGAUAUGCUAUCCCUGUAAAUUGUACGGUAUACACGAUCAAUUAUUUGGAUGUGUGCUUCAAUCGUCCCAUCUUCUGUCUGGUAGAACCUCACAGCAACGAACUUAUUUGCUGAAGGGAAAUGCCAUUGUACCAGAAACUUGGAAAUUGAAAAUUGCGGUGAUUACGUGUAAUUUAUUUCCUUUUAA